AUGGCUUCCACUGUCCAACUGCACUUUGACCUUGACAUAAGACUGAUCUUGAACAAAAGGAAAAAACUGGACAAGCAAAAUGCGUUUGAGACAUUAUUGUCUGAAGAACUGCAGCGCGCGUAUGAACGCAGGGUGCUCAGGGAAGAAGCUGUCGGGUUCUGUCCAAAGGGGCAGUAUAUGAGGACACAGACGCUCAGUGCUUUUCUGAAUGUUUGUUUUCUCUCCUACGUAGGAACAAUCCUUCACAGGAGGACCGUCCAUCACCAUAAUCACUGCCAUGAAAACACAGUCAGUUUGCUUGUGUCUGUCAGCUUUCAUUAUAUUCGCUGGGAAAAAAAUCCCAAUUCCAGGUUUACUUUCUGCACAUGGUUUGAGAUUCCAGGACGAGGCACCUGCCUUGUCUCCGCGCUGGCAAGUGAGGUGAAAGUAGCGGGAGGUGGCGGCUGGUCAUUUACCUUCUGGGCUCCGGCUGGAGUUGGAUGUUUAGAGUUAUUUGGAGUCAACACUUUGAUUCCACCCACGGGUUUGUCAACAUCUACUCCCAGUGUUGCAGUUCAGAACGCAAAUGCUUCAGAUCGUCAGACAGCAUCACCGCCUUCAGAAUGCCUGAUGCAUGCAAGGAAAAGUCAAGGCUGUCCAUUAAGUGAGAAACCAUCUGGUCCACCUAGUGAUAGCAAAACUUACUCGGUACCUGCCCACCAAGAUCGAGCAUACGAGUAUGUGGAGUGCCCCAUUACUGGUGCCAGAGUGAAUAAGGAGAACCUGGAUCCUUCAAAUCUGAUGCCACCACCUAAUCAAACACCAGCCCCAGAUCAGCCAUUUCCUUUGUCUACAGUUAGAGAAGAAUCAUCCAUUCCAAGAGCAGAUUCUGAGAAAAAAUGGGUUUAUCCUUCAGAACAGAUGUUCUGCAAUGCAAUGUUAAGGAAAGGGUGGAAGUGGAAGGAUGAGGAUAUUAGCCAGAAAGAUAUGUGUAAUAUCAUUAAG